AUGUACCCCACCAAAAUGAUAUGCAGUCAGACCACUCUCGUCGUCUUUAUGCUUGUUGUCAUAUUGACUAUCAAUAUUUUCAGUUAUUUCACAAUUUUCAAGAUAGAUCGAAAAUUCCAAGCAACCGAGCAAAUCGAUAUCAACAACCCAAAAGCUCUGGAUGAUCUCCGUGCCAAGUAUGCUCUCAACUCUGAAAAAUACAGUCAAGAUCUGUAUCGAGCAUCAAGAGGAGACGAUCACAAUGAAUUCUACGAGAAAGUGAAGUUGGAAGCAUUCUGUCCGUUGAAAGAAAGACUUGGAGAGAUUGAUGACGGAGGAAAAUAUGUUUGUAAUCCGAGAAUGGUUAGAAAGGAUGAUUGCACAAUCAUCUCUCUCGGUCUCAACAACCAGAUUUAUUUCGAUCAGCACAUUCAAAAUGUGACAGGAGGACAUUGUAGAAUUCUUGGAGCUGAUAAGGACCCCCAAAACAUGGAAACCCAAGCGAAAUAUGGAGGAAUGAAUGGGAAGUUAUUUUCUGGAAUGAUUCCAACAGACAUCUCAAUAUCGAGUAUAAUGCAAACAGCUGGAAGAAAAGAAGUGGAGAUAUUGAAGAUGGAUAUUGAGGGAGGGGAGAUGGAUGCGUUGGAACCAUUCCUAGAGGAAUAUAAAGUUUGCCAGAUACUGAUAGAAGUUCACAAAUCCCCGGCCGAGCACUUCAAAAUGCUGCAAAUCAUGGCAAAACACAACUUCCAAAUCUACAAUGUGGAAACCACUCCCUAUUGUGUUAUGUGUUGUGAAUACAGUCUGAUUCACGAGAGUUGUAUGGAACAGUUUGCAGUUGUUCCGUUGGCUCCGAUUGUUUUGAGAAAUGAAUUAUAG